GUCGGAAGUGCCUUUUGUACUGAAAUGUUGAGCGGAAGUGCUUUGCGUUUGUGCCGGUGACUUGACGACGAUCUCUUCAACCUGCCACAUCUGAACGUCUAGCAAUAAAAGCACCAGAGGAACAAAGACGUCGUUCUUAUUGUCACACUGGAAGCAGAUCUCAUGAUGAUGAUGGAGAAAUCCAGCAGCCAAUACGACUCCUUCCUGUUCUGGAGGCAGCCCAUCCCUCCUCUGGACCUGGAUGAGCUGGAGAACCUUGGCUACAUUGACUGUCCUCACCGAGGACAAGACAGUACGGGGCAGGAAGAGGAGGAGGAGCUGAGCCAGUUCUCGUCCUUCAACUACUGGAGGGAUCCCAUCGCCAGUGUGGAUGCUCUGCUGGACGACUUCAACCUGCUGCUGUGAAAUCCCAACUGGCCACUUUUUUGUCACUUUGCAUGCUAUGUGACCCCCCAAGCUUAAAAAAAACAGCCUGCAAUGGUGGCCAUUUUGAGUUGCUCGUCACGUUAUCAUUCUUUAAAUUUUGUUGAUCAAGAAUGACGAACAACAACCUGUAAUAUUUGUGUUUUUUGUUGCUGUUGUGUAUUUUAUUUAUUUCAUGCUGCUGAUUUGGUGUUUCACUAUGAGCAGGCCUCAAAAUGACGCCACUAGACACAAAAACACUGAAUGUACCCAAGUGUGGCAACAAUAAACAUUAUUUUCUGUCA